AUGGAGAUGGGAAGCUUCAAGCCUUCCUUUUCUCUGCAGAGCAGUCAUGGCGGCAGCUUGCUACUUCCAUUUCCCGCCUCAAGAUUCCGCCUUCCCUUUACGGGCACUAGGGAGUGUAGGCCCUUCAUCAUCCAGACUCAGGCUUUUGUGGAUCCUCAUAGGCCGAGCUACACGAGCCCCCAAGCAAAAAGAUCGCAACUUUUCAUAGCUAGAGCUUCAACACAGCCCUUAACUGAGGAGCUAGUGGAAUGUAAAAAGGCGAAUCUGUCCACAAGUGGUGAUGCUAUCCGAACAAGAUUCCUCGAGUUUUAUGCAACGAGAGGCCACAAAGUACUCCCAAGUGCAUCUCUUGUGCCGGAGGAUCCAACGGUUCUGUUAACGAUAGCUGGAAUGCUUCAGUUCAAGCCUAUUUUUCUUGGGAAGGUGCCUAGAGAAGUUCCCCGUGCUGCAACUUCUCAGAGAUGUAUACGGACAAACGAUGUUGAGAAUGUGGGUCGAACAUCUCGACACCAGACGUUCUUUGAGAUGCUUGGAAAUUUUAGUUUUGGGGAUUAUUUCAAACGAGAGGCUAUAAAAUGGGCAUGGGAGCUUUCAACCAAGGAGUUUGGAUUACCAGCUGACAGAUUAUGGAUUAGUGUGUAUGAAGACGAUGAUGAUACUUUUGCAAUAUGGCAUGAUGAAUUGGGAGUUCCUGCACAUCGUAUAAAGAGGCUAGGUGAGGAAGACAACUUCUGGACCAGUGGAGUUACUGGUCCAUGUGGUCCCUGCUCUGAAAUUUAUUAUGAUUUCCAUCCCGAGAGAGGACAUUUGGAUGUGGAUCUUGGAGAUGAUGAUAGAUUCAUAGAGUUCUACAACCUCGUUUUUAUGCAAUACAACAGAAAGGAUGAUGGAUCACUCGAGCCCUUAAAACAGAAGAACAUUGACACCGGGAUGGGUUUAGAGCGGAUGGCUCGCAUUCUUCAACAGGUCCCGAACAAUUACGAGACCGACUUAAUUUUUCCAAUUAUAGAGAAGGCGUCGAAUUUGGCAAAUCUAUCGUAUAAAUCCGCGGACAAGUCCACGAAAACGAACCUUAAAAUAAUUGGUGACCACAUGCGAGCCAUAGUCUAUCUAAUAUCAGAUGGGGUCUUCCCGUCCAAUAUAGGGAGAGGCUAUGUGGUCCGGCGUCUCAUCAGAAGGGCUAUCCGAACCGGAAGGCUACUCGGCAUAAAAGGUGACCUCGAAGGCGGGGUAUUUUUACCCAUACUCGCAAAUGAAGUUAUUAACCUAAGCACCAAUAUAGAUCCCGACGUGAAAUCAAAAACGCCCCGCAUACUCGAGGAACUAAAACUCGAGGAGCUCCGAUUCGUUUCGACCCUCGAGAGAGGAGAGAAGCUUCUAGUACAAAUUCUAGUUGACGCUUUAUCCGAGUCCCGGGCAAACAAGACCUCACCUUGCAUUUCUGGAAAGGAUGCGUUUGUUCUGUACGAUACGUAUGGAUAUCCAGUCGAAAUUACUAAAGAAGCUGCUGAAGAACGUGGUGUGAGUGUAGAUAUGGACGGGUUUAACUCAGAAAUGGAGAAGCAGAGGCGUCAGUCCCAGGCCGCGCAUAACACGGUCCGGCUUUCGGUCGAGACUGGGGCCGAGAUAAUCGAGAAUGUUCCGGACACUGAGUUUAUCGGGUACGACAUGCUCUCGACUAAGGCAGUGGUCGAGGGUUUGUUGGUAAACGGUAAGCUGGUGGGAAAAGUUUCUGACGGGAGUGAAGUUGAGGUGUUAUUGGACAGGACCCCGUUUUACGCUGAGUCGGGUGGGCAAAUUGGGGAUUACGGUUUUCUUUAUGUUAUUGGCUCUGGAAAAUAUAAGGAGGCUGUUGUGGAGAUUAAGGAUGUCCAGAAAUUACGGGGCGAUAUAUUUGUUCACAAAGGGACAGUUAAAGAAGGUGUUAUAGAAAUAGGUAGAGAAGUAGAAGCUGAGGUGGAUGCAAACCUCCGGCAACGAGCAAAGGUCCAUCAUACGGCUACCCAUCUGCUCCAAGCGGCGAUCAAGAAAGUGAUAGGGGAGGAAACAUCUCAAGCUGGCUCAUUGGUGGCUUUUGACCGGCUUAGAUUUGAUUUCAACUUCAAUAGGCCCCUUCGUGAAGAUGAGAUAAUGGAAAUCGAACGGCUGAUUAACCAAUGGAUUGGGGAUGCUGCACUCCUUGAAACUAGAGUUAUGCCGUUAACUGAUGCAAAGAAGGCUGGGGCUAUUGCAAUGUUUGGUGAAAAAUACGGAGAGCAGGUACGGGUUGUGGAGGUUCCUGGUGUAUCUAUGGAACUGUGCGGUGGGACCCACGUCAGCAAUACUUGCGAAAUUCGAGGAUUCAAAAUAAUUUCCGAACAGGGAAUUGCAUCUGGGAUCAGACGAAUCGAAGCUGUGGCAGGAGAAGCUUUUAUCGAGUAUGUCGUCACAAGAGAUAACUACUUGAAGCAGUUGUGCUCGACUCUCAAAGUGAAUGUUGAAGAUGUUACAACUAGAGUGAACAAUCUUUUGAGAGAUCUACGAGAUGCGAGGAGUGAAGUUUCAGCUGCACGUGCGAAAGCAGCGACUUACAAAGCAUCGACUGUCAUUGGCAAGGCAAUUACAGUAGGCUCUUCAUCAGAGAUAAGUGUGCUAGUCGAGAGCAUGGAUGAUAUCGAUGCUGAAGCACUAAAAAGUGCUGCAGAGUAUAUAUUCGGCAAGUUACAAGAUCCAGCUGCUGUGGUUUUGGGCUCGAGCCCGGAUGAAAAAAAGGUGUGUCUUGUUGCAGCAUUUUCUCCCGGAGUAGUGAAGCUCGGGAUUCAGGCGGGAAAAUUCAUCGGGUCGAUAGCCAAGUUGUGUGGUGGUAGAGGGGGUGGCCGCCCGAAUUUCGCUCAGGCGGGCGGAAGUGAGCCGGAGAAGUUGCCUGCUGCACUUGAAUGGGCCCGUGAUGAGCUCGUCUCGGUUCUUACAGACAAGUCGGGCUGA